AUGACAGACACAUCUGACCUUAAACCAGAACAUACAGAGAAGGCUACAGGGCUCUCUACUUCUAAGGAAGUGCCUGAAUCCACACUCACACAAAGAAAACAACCGUCCACUCCAGCUACACAGACUUCAAAGCGUCCAACUCCAGCAAAGAAAAAACGUGCAUUUAUCAAUGUGGCUCCGCUAAAUACCCCAUUGUCUCAUCGACUCGAAACAUUGGGGGUGGUUUGGCAUUGUAUUAGUAUUCCCUUUUUUAUUUGCUUGUUUUUUUUCAUGAUAUCGUUGGGUUUAUUUGGGUGGAUUGUGAUAGUCUUGCCAUACUUUAUUUGGUGGUACGGAUUUGAUUUGCAUACCCCAACUAAUGGUAAGGUUGCUUAUCGAUACCGUAAUUCGAUGAAAAAUUUCAUCAUCUGGGAUUGGUUUGUCAGAUAUUUCCCUAUAAAGGUUUAUAAGUCUGUCGAAUUGGAACCAACAUUCAAAGAAGUUUUGGUAGAGGAGACUGAAAGUUCAGAAGAUGAUGAUGAGCAAGAUUUAGUGUCUGAACGGAGCAGAACGUUAGUUGAUAAAGUUUUCAAAUUUUUUGGGUUGAAAAAACGUUUGAAUGACACUUCUCUGGGGAAGUCAGAAACCUACAAGACAGUGUCUACUGGUCCCAGGUAUAUUUUUGGAUACCAUCCUCAUGGAGUUAUUUCAAUGGGUGGGGUUGGUUUAUUUGCUACUAAUUCAUUACGUAACGAGCCAUAUACGCCAUUUCUAAAAUUUUUGAAACCAUUCUUCCAUGACAGUUCCAAAGGUGAACGUUUAUUUCCUGGUCUUGGAAAUAUUUUCUUGUUGACAAUUACCACACAAUUUGCCAUACCAUUUUAUCGUGAUUAUUUAAUGGGAUUGGGGGUUACUAGUGCAUCAGCAAAGAAUAUUAGAAGUUUGAUUAGCAACGGUGAUAAUUCUGUCUGUAUUGUAGUUGGUGGGGCAGAAGAGUCUUUGUUAAACAAUAUGGUUGCUAAACAUGCCAGAGUUGGUUAUGGGUAUAAAGAAAACCAGGACAUUAACGGAAGCGACGCAGAGGAUGAUCAACCAGAAGAAGAAGAACAACAACAACAACAACAACCAAAUGGAAGUGUUGAAGUUGACAAGAAGACCACGAAAGAAGUUGGUGAAAAAACAUCAAGCCAACCAUCUAAGCGUGAAGUUAAAUUGAUUUUAAACAAACGUAAAGGAUUUGUUAAAUUGGCCAUAGAGUUGGGUAAUGUUGCUUUGGUACCAACUUUUGCAUUUGGUGAAGCAGAUGUUUACAGAUUGGUCCAACCAAGUCCUACAUCUAUGAUGUAUAAAUUCCAGAAAUGGAUGAAAGGCAUUUUCCUGUUUACCAUUCCUUUAUUCAGUGCUCGAGGUGUUUUCAUUUACGAUUACGGGUUGUUACCAUUUAGAAAUCCUAUAAACAUUUGUGUUGGUAAGCCAAUAUAUAUCCCCGCUGGAGCUUUGCAGGAAUACAAACAGCAACAUCCAGAAGAGUUUACUGAGGAAGAAACUAAACCACCAAUGAAAAAAUCUGGGUCAUUUACCGAUAUUUUUAAAAUGAAUGGAGAAACACCAAAAGUUUCCACAAUCAAAACAAAAAUACCACCUGCAUUAUUGGACAAGUACCAUAAGUUAUAUGUUGACGAGUUGAGAAAUGUCUAUGAAGAGAAUAAACAUAAGUUUGGUUAUGGAGAUGUCGAAUUCAGUAUCGUCGAAUAA